CGCUGGGUGACCGCGCUCUGGAGACGCUAGCGUUGGCAGCUUUAGGUGCGGGCUCCUGCUUACAUGUUGUUCCCGUGACUCUGACGCCCGAAAGUAGAUUUCCGUGGUAGAGGACGCCCACGCAGCAUCAUUGGAAGGGGAAAACGAAAUACAUCCUGGCUAGAUGUGGCCUUUUAGCUUCAAGUGUGCAGUCCCUGGAAAGCUGGCCCGUACACGCUUGGUACUCAGCCAGUGAACCCUGAGCUCACUAGGUGAUGAAGCCUGAGGUAGCCUGCUGGAGAAGGACAGGUCAUUUGAAGCAGAAGUAACAAGGCCCAGCUGAGGUCUCUCCAGAAGGACCAGUCUACCAACCAUCAGGUGCAGAUGAGAAUCCCAUAGAUAUGAAUCAUGAAAGAAGUACAAAUGAAUUUAUGAAAAGAUGCUCAGAGCCUCCGGCCUGUCAUCUCCUUGAGACCUAGCACCACGCCCUCAAUGAAGUUGCAGAGUUCUGAUGGGGAGAUAUUCAAAGUUGAUGUUGAAAUUGCAAAACAAUCUGUGACUAUCAAGGCCAUGUUGGAAGAUUUGGGAAUGGAUGAUGAAGGAGAUGAUGGUCCAGUCCCCUUGCCAAAUGUUAAUGCAGCAAUAUUAGAAAAGGUCACUCAGUGGGGCACCCACCACAAGGAUGGUCCUCCUCCUCCUGAGGAUGAUGAGAACAAAGGAAAGCAAACAGAUGACACCCUUGUUUGGGAUCAAGAAAUCCUGAAAGCUGACCAAGGAACACUUUUCGAGCUUACAUUGGCUGCAAACUACUUAGACAUCAAAGGUUUGCUUGAUGUUAUCUGCAAGACUGUUGCCAAUAUGAUCAAGGGGAAAACUCCUGAGGAGAUUUGAAAGACAUUCAAUAUCAAAAAUGAUUUUACUGAAGAAGAGGAAGCCCAGGUACGCAAAGAGAACCAGUGGUGUGAGGAGAAGUGAAAUUUUGUGUCUGACGCUGUAACACUGUAAGGAUUGUUCCAAAUACUAGUUGCACUGCUUUGUUUAUAAUUGUUAAUACUAGAAAAACAGUCGACAAAUGCAGCAGCAAAUCAGAUGUAUUAGCAGAAUGUUGUCCUCAUUGCAUGUGUAGUUUCAGUACAGAUUCCAAACUUAUGGCUCCAUUUCUUCUAGUGUGAUCAAAAGUUCUUUUUUCUUUGCUUUGUGGGUUCUCUAUAGAAAAAAAAGAAAGAAAGAAAAGAUGCUCAGCCUUACACAAAAUUAAGGAAGUGUACAUUAAUGUAACAGAAAAAUUGUUUUAUGAUUAUAAUUUUAAAUAUAUGUAUACCCUUUAAUUCAGCAAUUCCAUUUCGAAGAAUCUAUUUUAGAGAAAUAUUUUUACAAGUGUGCAAAGAUAUAAGCACAGAAUAGUUACUGAAAGUUUAUUCAUAAUGAUGAAAAUUGAAAACAACCCAGUAAUCCAUUCAAGCGGCAACAGAAAAUCAUGCAAUAUUCCAAGAUUCCUCAUUAUGUGAAAAAAGAAAGUGGCUUGAAUUGCAUGUAUUGGAUGAAAUGCAAUUGCAUUCCUCUAAAUUAAUAUUUAUAUGAGUUUUAUAUAAUCUGAGUACAUAAUAGGUGCUCAUUAAACAUUAGGUUAGGUUAGAAUUAAUAUGUGGGUUAAAAUGUGCAUUUAAAAUCUAGAGGUUUGUGCAAAAACAGAUUUCUUCUAGGAGUGGUUAUGGUAGACUUUUAUUUGAUAAAUUAUACAUUUCUGAAAUAUUUGAAUCUAUCGUAAAGAUUUUGCAUUUUAUAAUUUAAAAAGUAUUUGUUUUCUUUAAAAAAUUAAUGAUUUUAGGGCAGUGAAAAUACUCUGUAUGAUAUUAUAAUGAUAGAUAUGUAAUUAAACUUUUGUCCAAACUCAUAGAAUGUUCAAAGUCAAGAUUGAACCCUAAGGUAAACUAUGGACUUUAGGUGAUUAUAAUGUGUCAGUGGAGGUUCAUUCAUGGUAAAAAAUGUACCAUCUAGUGAGUGAUACUGAUAAUAGGAGAGGAAAUGCAUGUGUGGGGGUAAGGGGUAUAUGGGAAAUCUCUGUAUAUUUCUCUCAAUUUUAUUGUAAACCUAAAACUGCCUAAAAAAAUUGUCUUAAAAAAAGACGAAUUAGGAAUUUCCCUGGUGGUCCAGUGGUUAAGCUAUUGCACUUCCAGUUGCAGGGGGUGCAGGUUGAAUCCCUGGUGGGGAAGUAAGAUCCCGCAUAAUGCGUGGUGAGGCUGAAAAAUGAGUAAAUAAAUAAAAUAAAAUAAAAACUAAAAAGAAAGGAAGAGAAAAGGAAGAAAGAAAGAAAAAGGAAGGAAGGAGGGAAGGAAGGAAACUCCCAAGUAUAACAACAGACCAGAUUCCAGAUGCACACUUAAUCUGCCUAUGCGGCCCUGCUCGACAAUUUCUUACACUUUUAAAUUGAGAUUAUCAGAGAAGAGACUGGGAACAGUAGGAAAUUCAUAGAAUCAGAAACUUUGAAAUCUGAAAGAAAUCUUGGUCCAACCCCUUCCUUUCACAAAGCACUAACCAAGAUAUAGGAACUGAUGACUGGUGUGAGGUCAUACCAUAGAGCAGUACCAUGUCCAGAGUUCAGGUCUUCUGACUCUCAAUAAAAUGAUUCUUCCUGUUUGAAAGGAAAGAAACAAAUUUGAAACCUCUUUUUCUCCACUUAUCAAAAACCUGUAUGAUUUUACUUUAAUGGGAUUUGUGAAUCAGAUCAGUGAUUCCUAACUUGAAAUGCACUUCCUUAAUUUACAGUACACAACUGUACUAUGCUACUAAAAAUAGCAUCAU